UGUGUGAGGAAGCUUUUCGAGCAGCGUGUUUUUUCUUUACGAAAGUUCUGAUGUCUCAUAGAAAUGAACCACAAGAGUCUCUGUAUAUCAGAACGAAGCUGGACCUUGAGCUGUUCUUCAUGUUUGACAGUUGACUGCUUCGCCGGAGCGGAGUUAGUUUAGCCUGCUAACUGGGCCUUUUGUGUGUAGAAACAGUUUGUGUCUGUGUGAAAAUGUCUAAAGUCCAAAUUCUGAGAGCGUUAUUGAAGCAGCGACUACCUGCAGAUGAUGAAGAAGAGAUAUUUGAGCUGUUUGACAGAACAACAGCAGAAUACGAGGAGAAACUUUGUGGUUUAAAAGAGGAGAACGAACGACAAAGAAAACGACUGGAAGCUGCUUUUAACUCUGACGACAAAACAGAUAUACAGCUGCUGAUGAAAGAAGAAAUUCACCCUGAGCAUCAGAAGUGGACUUGCGGUUUGGUUCAGUUGGACCAGCGACAUGACAUUAAAAACAAAGAAGAGGAACUGUGUAUAAGUGAGGAAGGAGCACACCUUCAAGUGGUGGAGGUUGACACAAACAAGUGUGCAAAUGAUAUGAAUAUUGGUUCCUUGCAUUGUCAUCAAUCACAAAAUCUGGAAAUUCAAGAAACUGAGCAUCUUACCAGCAGCUCAGUUGAACAGAUGAAAGCAGACUCUAAUGGAGACAAUUGUGGAGGUUCAGAAUUGGCUUGCAAGUUUUAACAAGACAAUCAUUCAUACACACACAUUGGCGAUAUGGCUUCAGAAUCUUUUGAACCUGAGAAUGAGGAUAGAGCUAUUGAGUGGGGUGAGAGCAGGAAGCCAAGUCAUCUUCAUUCUCUCACAAAAAUAAGACAGUCCCUGUUCACAAGAGAUGUGAUGGUGGUAUGAAAUUAUUUAGCGGUAAGUAUGGUCAAAGUACUGGCCACAAGAACGUUAUAAUGAGAACCAUGAAAAUUAAUACAAGGGAGAAAUCAUUUAGCUGUUGUGUGUGUGUGAAAACAUUUAGCCGAAACUGUGAUUUUAAGAGCCACAUGCAGCUCCACACAGGCAAGAAGCCAUUUAGCUGUUCUGAGUGUGGUAAAACAUUUCACAGAAAGCACCAUUUGAAGGGGCACAUGGUUAGUCAUACAGGAGAGAAACCAUUCAUCUGUUCUGAGUGUGAUAAAGCAUUUAGGAGAAACCGUGACUUGAAGACCCACAUGAUAAUCCACACAGGAGAGAAACCAUUUAGUUGCUCUGAGUGUGGUAAAUCAUUUAACCUAAAGGGUAAUCUGAAAAUGCACAUGAUAAUCCACACAGGACAGAAACCAUUUAGUUGCUCUGAGUGUGGCAAAGCAUUUAACAUAAAGGGCAAUCUGAGGAUGCACAUGAAUGGUCAUAAAGGAAAGAAACCAUUUAAUUGUUCUGAGUGUGGUAAAAUGUUUCAAAUAAACAGUGCUCUGAAAACCCACAUGAUAAUCCACACAGGGAAUAAACCAUUUAACUGCGCUGAGUGUGGUAAAACAUUUCGCAGAAAGCACCAUUUGAAGGGGCACAUGAUUAGUCAUACAGGAGAGAAACUAUUUACUUG